AAGCGCCAUUCAUACAAAAGGAGAAACCGAAGCUCCCAAAACAAAACAAUCACACUUUCUCUGGUUCUCUCUCUCUCUCUCUCUGAUACAAAGGACCCGAACUUCAAACCCUAGCCCCUAAUCUCGCUUCCAAAUCUAUAAUCUCCAGGCAUGGCUUCUCUGGCUCUGGCAUCGCCUUCGUCUUCGUCCUCGUCGUCGUCUUCUUCGACUUCGUCAUCUUCCUCUUCUCUGUUCUCGCGCUGUCCCCUCGGCCACCGGAGUCUCCUCUCCGACAAGUCCCGUUCCCGUAUUUGCUUUUCGAACGUCGUCAAAUGUGAUCUGGGUGAAACACUGAAUGGAAAGCCAUGUCUCCCGGUUCUUAGUAAUGGAGCACUGCCUAGUUUUUUUUCAUCCAAGCGGCUGGAGAGUGCAACUAAUAGAAACAACACAAGGUUGAAGAUAUUCUCUGGCACUGCAAAUCCUUCUCUUUCCAAGGAAAUUGCUUGGUACAUGGGCCUUGAACUGGCAAAAGCCAAUAUAAAACGGUUUGCUGAUGGUGAGAUAUAUGUUCAGUUGCAAGAAAGUGUUAGAGGAUGUGAUGUGUACUUAGUGCAGCCCACCUGCCCGCCAGCAAACGAAAAUCUGAUGGAGCUUUUAGUGAUGAUAGAUGCUUGUCGAAGGGCGUCAGCUAAAAAUAUCACUGCUGUGAUUCCAUAUUUUGGAUAUGCCAGAGCUGAUAGAAAGACGCAAGGGCGUGAGUCCAUUGCUGCCAAACUUGUAGCGAACCUACUCACUGAAGCAGGUGCAGAUCGUGUUCUUGCUUGUGAUCUUCACUCUGGGCAGUCCAUGGGUUACUUUGAUAUUCCAGUGGAUCAUGUGUACGGCCAGCCUGUUAUUCUUGAUUAUCUUGCUAGCAAGAGGAUUUGCUGUAAUGAUUUGGUGGUAGUUUCACCUGAUGUUGGAGGAGUUGCCAGGGCACGUGCAUUUGCAAAAAAAUUAUCUGAUGCACCUCUAGCAAUUGUGGAUAAAAGACGUCAUGGUCACAAUCAUGCUGAGGUAAUGAAUCUCAUUGGUGAAGUUAAAGGAAAAGUUGCAGUUAUGGUGGAUGACAUGAUUGACACUGCUGGUACUAUUGCAAAAGGUGCUGCACUUUUACAUGAAGAGGGAGCCAGAGAAGUCUAUGCUUGCAGCACUCAUGCUGUUUUUAGUCCACCUGCAAUUGAAAGGUUGUCCAGUGGUCUAUUUCAAGAGGUCAUCGUUACAAACACAAUACCAGUGAUGGAGAAGAACUACUUCCCCCAGUUGACAGUUCUCUCAGUUGCAAACCUUCUGGGUGAAACCAUUUGGCGCGUUCAUGAUGAUUGUUCGGUUAGUAGCAUUUUUCAGUAAUGUCAGUCAAUUCUCAUGUAGACACACAGCAGCAUCGCCGGCCACAUUACAUGGAAAGGCUCUUCUCUCAUCACACAUUUCACAUGCCGUGAGAUUUAUUUCCUUGCAUCAUGGCCCAACCUCACCCCACACAGCCCCAAUUCAACCAAUUCUUUGCCUUGCCUCGAGGAUCAAAACACAUUGCCUAAUUGCCUUUUUGGUUCACCAGCGGUUCACUAAAGAAACUGUAGGCAGGGCUGGUCUUCUCACUUAUCUUUCGUAGUCUCUUUUGUUGUGAUAUCUUCUGAUCACAGAUUAGGCAUUAUGACUGAAAGCUCAUGAUCAGAUAAAGCAGUUUUAGCAACUCUUUUGUGAUAGGAUUUAUACUUGAGAAGAAGUAUGAUUUCUGUAAAACCAUUAAAUGCAUUCUAAGGUAUGCAAAUUCGCUUUUUGUAUAGAGA